UUUGGAGGAGCUUUACGGAAAUUGUUAGCUGCAGCCGCCGUUAGCUUGCCGCUGUGGCGGAAGGAGGGCGGUGAGGAGCGGACUCCAGACCGGUUUCUCACCGAUACUGAGGAGGACGCCGGCCCGGUGAACAGCCGGUAUCUGUGUGGUAAAGAACAACCCCGGAGUGUCACGUUAACCCAGCGGGACGACGAACUGAGCCGCUGACACUGUGAAUAUUGGUGUCGUGUCGCCGGUCGGCUGCUGGUUGUCGGCAGCUAAAGCUAACCGGAGCCGUUAGCUUCUCCGCUGCUGCGAAACUGCUCCAAGUUCGGGUCUAAACUGCCACAAACACUGUUAACACACCGGAGAACAGUGUUUUCCCCCGGUUACGGCAGAAAGAGCGACACAGGACGGACGCGGUGAUAUUCGGUUCAACUUUUCAGCUGUCAGUUUCGGGGGAGAGAGGAACUUCCAGCUGGAGAGGGGGACCCCGAGCGGGCCGGUUCCACAUCACCGGGGAGCAGUGAGCAGAGAGCGGGUAGAGGAGAGCCACGGAGCCGCGGGGACAGCUGACGCAGGACCUUAGACCACACGGUGCCGGUUCUUCCGGACAGAGACCUCAUGAAUGGAAAUCGGAACAACAGGAGCAGAUGAAGCCCAAGCCCUGUUUUCGUUGCCACGGCGACCCGGCUACGGCACCAUUGGGAAGCCCAUCAAGCUUCUGGCCAACUGCUUCCAAGUGGAGAUCCCCAAAAUCGACGUCUACCUGUACGAGGUCGACAUCAAGCCGGAAAAAUGUCCCAGACGAGUCAACAGGGAGGUGGUGGACUCCAUGGUGCAGCAUUUCAAGGUGACCAUCUUCGGUGACCGGCUGCCAGUUUAUGAUGGGAAGAAAAGCCUCUACACGGCCAGCCCACUGCCCGUCGCAACCUCUGGGGUGGAUCUGGACGUCACCCUGCCAGGUGAAGGUGGAAAGGACCGGCCAUUUAAAGUCACCAUCAGGUUCGUGUCUCUGGUCAGCUGGCACAUGCUGCACGAAGUCCUGACAGGACGAGGAGUUCCUGAACCGCUGGACCUGGAGAAACCGGUCAGCACCAACCCGGUCCACGCCGUAGACGUGGUCCUCCGACAUCUGCCCUCCAUGAAGUAUACUCCUGUCGGAAGGUCCUUCUUCUCCUCCCCAGAGGGCUACGACCAUCCGCUGGGUGGAGGCAGGGAGGUUUGGUUCGGCUUCCACCAGUCGGUCCGGCCGGCCAUGUGGAAGAUGAUGCUCAACAUCGACGUGUCUGCCACUGCGUUCUAUAAAGCCCAGCCGGUCAUCCAGUUCAUGUGUGAGGUUCUGGACAUCCACAACAUCGACGAGCAGCCGAGACCUCUCACCGACUCCCACAGAGUCAAGUUCACCAAAGAGAUCAAAGGUCUUAAGGUGGAAGUGACACACUGUGGAACCAUGCGUAGGAAGUACCGAGUCUGCAACGUGACGCGGCGUCCUGCCAGCCUCCAGACAUUUCCGCUGCAGCUCGAGAACGGCCAGACGGUGGAGAGAACGGUGGCGCAGUACUUCAGAGAGAAGUACAGCCUGCAGCUCAAGUACCCUCACCUGCCCUGUCUGCAGGUGGGACAGGAACAGAAGCACACCUACCUGCCGCUGGAGGUGUGUAAUAUCGUUGCUGGUCAGCGCUGCAUUAAGAAACUGACCGAUAACCAGACGUCCACGAUGAUCAAAGCCACGGCUCGCUCUGCACCGGACCGACAGGAGGAGAUCAGCCGGCUGGUGCGGAGUGCGAACUAUGAGGCCGACCCGUUCGUCCAGGAGUUUCAGUUCCGGGUUCGGGAUGAGAUGGCUCAGGUGACGGGCCGAGUCCUGCCGGCCCCCAUGCUGCAGUAUGGCGGCAGGGUGAGCUCUGAACCCUUUAUGAACCGUACGGUGGCCACUCCGAGCCACGGCGUCUGGGACAUGAGGGGGAAGCAGUUCCACACCGGGGUGGAGAUCAAGAUGUGGGCCAUCGCCUGCUUCGCCACCCAGAGACAGUGCAGGGAGGAGAUCCUCAAGAGCUUCACCGACCAGCUGCGCAAAAUCUCCAAGGAUGCCGGGAUGCCGAUCCAAGGUCAGCCAUGUUUCUGUAAAUACGCCCAGGGAGCCGACAGCGUGGAGCCCAUGUUCAGACACCUGAAGAACACCUACGCCGGGCUGCAGCUCAUCAUCGUCAUCCUGCCGGGAAAAACACCCGUCUACGCUGAGGUGAAGCGUGUUGGAGAUACGCUCCUGGGCAUGGCCACCCAGUGUGUCCAGGUGAAGAACGUGGUGAAGACGUCGCCUCAGACGCUCUCCAACCUCUGCCUGAAGAUCAACGUCAAACUGGGAGGCAUCAACAACAUCCUGGUUCCUCACCAACGACCAACUGUGUUCCAGCAGCCGGUCAUCUUCCUCGGCGCUGAUGUCACUCAUCCUCCAGCUGGAGACGGGAAAAAGCCAUCGAUCGCAGCGGUGGUCGGCAGCAUGGACGCCCACCCCAGCAGGUACUGUGCUACAGUUCGGGUUCAGAGGCCCAGACAGGAGAUCAUCCAGGACCUGGCCUCCAUGAUUCGAGAGCUCCUGAUCCAGUUCUACAAGUCGACCCGCUACAAGCCCACCAGGAUCAUUUUCUACAGGGACGGAGUGUCGGAGGGCCAGUUCAGACAGGUGCUGUACUAUGAGCUGCUGGCCAUCAGGGAGGCCUGCAUCAGUCUGGAGAAGGAAUACCAGCCGGGGAUCACCUACAUCGUCGUACAGAAACGCCAUCACACUCGACUCUUCUGUGCAGAUCGAAACGAGCGGGUUGGACGAAGUGGAAACAUUCCUGCCGGUACCACCGUGGACACCGACAUCACCCACCCCUACGAGUUUGACUUUUACCUCUGCAGUCACGCUGGAAUCCAGGGAACCAGCCGACCGUCGCACUACCACGUUCUCUGGGACGACAACUGCUUCACCGCCGACGAGUUCCAGCUGCUCACCUACCAGCUGUGCCACACCUACGUCCGCUGCACGCGCUCAGUCUCCAUCCCAGCGCCUGCCUACUACGCCCACCUGGUGGCGUUCCGCGCCCGCUACCACCUGGUCGACAAAGAGCACGACAGUGCGGAGGGCAGCCAUGUCUCCGGCCAGAGUAACGGCAGGGACCCCCAGGCUUUGGCCAAGGCGGUCCAGAUCCACCACGACACUCUGAGGACCAUGUACUUCGCCUGAACCAGACUUAGUGUCACCCAGCAGCAGCUCGGACGUCAGCGAGGAGAACAGCCUCGUUAUGCAACUUAAAACCAGCCAGCCAAGCCUCUCCUUCCAGACCUGACAGAAACCUUUCCUUCGCUGGGCAUGUUUUGGGUUUAAAGACCGUCGGAGCUGCCAGUAAAUUUAAAACUGAGAAUCUUUGGGUGCACAGAGCAGAACCAGCCAGGACCGACCUGCUCCGUAGCCUCGGCCGGUUUGUGUUUUUACGUUUGUUUGUGUGUUUUUUCAGCCGUUUAGAUCCUGUAUGUCAUCUUUCUGUCCUGGAAGCCUUAGCGCUGACUCUUCUGUCUCCCUUUAAGCCUCUCAGUCCGUCAGCCAGACAGGAAGAAGCGUAACUCUGCACAGCACAGACACUGAAUGAAAGCUUUUUAUUUACAAAACGAGCCACGUUCAGCCAUCCUCUGAGGCCUUAAGACUGUUAGAAAACGUGUUAAAACCAAGCCUCCAUGGGUUUUAACCUAAAGUUCAUCUCCAGCAACGGUUUCUGUCUUCUGACGACCAGUUUUUCCAGUUUUCAGACCAGUUUCUUUGUGAGGAACUCGAGUGGUGCAAUAAGUAGUAAUAAGUAGUGAGUGAAUCGGUUUGUGGGUGAGUUUGUGGCGUUGGAUUCAGGAAUGUAGAGUUUGAAGCGGUGAAGAAGGAUCGAUUGCGUUUGAAGAGAUUAAACUAAAAGUGCCUGAUUUGGUCAGAAAGCGACGAGCUGGUUAGGUGGAAGGUUUUUAAAUCGUACGUUGGUUUGAAAAGACUCCGUUAACGCAAAUCUGAUCCCCAGAAAACCGCACAACCUGUCUCAGUUGAUCUCACCACCAGCCAAGAGUGAUUAUUUCUGAUUUCCUGAAGAUGUCAUCAUGAAAUACUCUGAUCAGAGUUAUAGAAGACUCUGAUGCAGAAUCUAAAGCUCACAUUUGGUGUGAAUUUCACUUCUCAUUCUGACAUCUUCUUAAAAUAAUGAACUGUUUGUUUCCUCGUCACAAAAUCAAUGAUUUGUGAUUUUAAAAUUACAUGAAUUUAACUUUUACUCACUUGUUCCAGAGCUGGAGGACAUUUUACGUCCCAACCAUCAAAUUUCCAAUAAUCCAUGUAGAAAAUCCUAAAACAUGCAGUAGUUGUGUAAAUGUACUUGUCCUGAGACCAAAUAAAAAAAAAAAUAGGAGAAAAUAAUGUUUUGGACAGAUUUUAAGUGUAUUUGAAUGAGUUUUGAGUAAUUUUGGAAUAAUUUUCACAUCUAUUUUGCACAAAUUUUUAAUCAUUUUGGAGGAAUUUUGAGUAAUUUAGGACAAAUUUCAAAUCAUUUGGAACAAGUAUCAACUCAUAAUGGAAAUAUUUCAAGGGAUUUUAGGACAACUCAAUGAGUUUUGGACAAAUUCUAAGUGAAUUUGGAUGGUUUCCAGUCAUUUUGAGCUAAUUUUGACUCGUGCUUUAGACUUCUAAGAUUAAAGGUCACACUGGCAUGGAUUAGAGUAGGGUUAGCAAACAACACAGAAAACACAGAAUAAAAAUGCUACCAUUGAUGUGGAAGCUGAGACAAUCAAUACCUAUUAUUGAUCAAUAUGGAGCAGAAAGCUGGAAAAGAGGAGGCUGAUUUUCAAACAUUUUGAAAUCCAGAUGUCCUCCAGUUCUGAAAUGAUCCUUAAAUCUCAUUGCUUUUGGGAUUUACUCUCAUUUCUUGUCAUUUUUACUGAGUUUUAACGUGAGUCGCUGCACACAGUUGGAUUUAAAGUAGAACUAAGAAACAUUUCCAUUUUUAACUCCGUAACGUUGAGAAUACAAACUGUUUUAACAUCUUAGGACGCCGAGUUUGUUCAGGCAGAAAUACGGACUUUUGGACGACCGUUUUCUGGAGAAAAUAUAAACGUCAGCUUUGACUAUCAGAUUAAUUCAACAUUAACAAUAAACUGCAGCCGUUGUCUGAUUUUGUCGUCUUUCCUGGCGGCUCUUGUGCUGUAAAAUCCUGUUGUAUUUUCUGCUAUUAAGCUAAACAACCUGCUGCUGUCUUUUAAUGUGCAGAUAUGUUGGUACUAAAUGGUGCUAAAAGGCCUCAUUUUUGUUUAAUAACUAAACCAUACCGGUGUGGAUGUUGCCUCGGUGAGAUUACUGCGCUGAAAACACAUCUUAUCUGCUAAAAAUGUCAAUGAAAACCUUACCGUAGUUUGACGCUCUGCAGCGGUUUUGUUCUUAUAAAUGGAUCUAAUUGAUUAAUCUGGGGUGAGAUCACGAAUCAUUUCCACAUCAAGCUGUCAAACAUGUGAUGCAGCUAUAAAUGUGAAUAUCUGAGCCGCCAUUAGUGAAGCUUUAGACUGGAAACUGGUGUCCGUUGGUUUGCACUCGACCAGCCGAAGCCUUCAGGUUUCUGAGUCUUUAUCACUGAGCAGCUUUUGUUUCCAGAGGUGGAAGUCACCAAAACAAACCAUAAAAUAUCAGAAAAUGGCAGCAGAGAGAAAUAUCUGUUCUAUAUAUUAUAUAUUUUCCCCACAGCAGAAGGAGAUGCGCUUUUAUUUUGGCGGACCAACAGCCUAAAACCCAAAGAUACGGUUAAUUAUUAUAGUUUUUCUAAAAAAUACCGUCUUAAACUUGAGGAAGCAGCAGAUUUUCUUCUGGGGUUGAGACUCUUCUGGCCUUCGGUCAGUCGUGUCGCUGCUUUUCUUUCUUGGACGUGGUUUAAAUCCUUCUGGUUCCAUGUUUUGGACCAAACCAACGUGCCUGCAGGGGGCGCUGACGGGCUGUGCUGUAAAAAAAAACACACGUUUAAAGGAUUCUGUGCUUAACUGCACUUAGAAAUGAGUCUGGAAUUGGAUCAGAUUCUAUUGAAAUGUUUUAAUUUUAGACACUUUAGUCGACUUCAGGCUGCUUCUUCAUGUCAGACUUUGGUUUUACUCAAAGUUUGUUCCAUUUAGAUGAAUCACCACCACACCAGGAAGAGAAAAACGGAUGAUUUUAGAUGUUUUUAAUGUGAUAUUUUCAAAUUAUCAGAACAUAGAAUAUUUUCCUUUUUCUAACAAAAAGCUGUUUAUCUGGUUAAAACUUGAGAAGUUUGGCAUCAUAACUUAUCUUUUAAGAGGACCUCCUUCGUGUUGGAGUUCAGACGUCUGUCACAUUCUGCUGUUAUUGAUCCUGAUGGAUGAUUUUGUGAUCAGUUAUGAGCCUCCAGUUAGAACUGAUUUUUCCUCCUGUCAUUAAAAUGGCUCCAUAGCGCCACCUGGGAAAUUUCAAACCAGAACUACGGCCAGCACGUGUCACCUACAGCUAUGAAAUUUGGUACCCUUAUGUAACCCGUCAGGACGCACUAAAAUGUAAUUGACACCCACGCUUAAGACACAACAGGAAGUCGGCCAUUUUGAAUUACGUGUCAUAUUUUGGACGAUUUGCGACCAAUUUUUGCACAUUUUCAAAGCUAUAAGCUCAAACAGGGUAACGCAGACAGAGCUGAACUUUGGCCAGGAUGUACAGCAGGCAUGGGUGAUCAAAAGUUAUCAAAAUGCUCCACGGAAGUCUGAUUGCGUGAAAAUGGAGGCUGGUGGAACUUGAAUGUUUCGCCAUGAAACAGGAAGUGACAUAUGACUCUCCUGUACGUGCUCCAGUCUGCCUCAAACUUUACACGUAUGAUCAGACUCCGGCUGUGAUGACAUUCCGAGGCUGAUAUACAUUCACAGUCAUAGCGCCACCUGGUGGACAUGCUUAGAUUCACUGACCAGCAAGGAUGCGAGAACCCAUCCAACGCUGCUUGCAGCUUUAAUUAUUACCAUUAUUGUUAUUACCUAAUAUCCUCAUUGUGUUUAACAACAGCAGAAUGUCUCGACAUGAAGCAGAACUUCAUCCAAUGACUCGUAUUCUUUCAUUUUUUCAUUCACCAUGAACCUCAUUCAAACAGCAGUUUUAACAUUUUUACAAUUAAAGAGACAUUUUCAUCUAAUAAUGUGACAUCUUGUUAUAACGUGAAUACAAAACAUCAAAAUGUCCAGUUAUGGUGAAAAAUCAUUUGGUUUUAAUGUGACUUUAUUAUUUCAUAACAUGAAUAUAUCUUAUAUCAAAUUAAAACCUCUUCUAAUAUGCAUGUAUUAUGUCAGAACAUCUUGUUUUAACAUUAAUAUGUCAUGUUAUACCAUGCAUAUUUCUACUUAAAAUAUGAGAACAUUUUAUUACCUCAUAACAUGAAAGUGUUUGGUUAAAUAUCUAACAUGAAAUUAUCUAUUUAUCAUGUGAAAACAUCUUGUUCUAACUUGUAAACUUCCUGUUUAAAUGUGAAAAUAUCUAGUUUCAACAUGAGUAUAUUUUCUUAUAGCAAAAAAAAAUCUUAUGGCAUAAAAAUAUCUUAUAGUCUGAAAAUAUCUCAUUAUAAAAUGUUAAAGCGUGAAAACAUCAGGUUAUAACAUGAAUAUGUCUAUUUAAUGUUUAAAUUUCUAAUUAUAACUUGAAAAUAUCUUGUAGCAUGAAAACAUCUGUUUAUAACAUUAAAAAAACAUCUGGUUAUUAGAUAAAAACACCUGGUUAUAACAUAAAAACAUCUUGUUUUUAACUAAAACUUCUUAUUUUAACAAACAUCUAGUUAUGACAUAAAAACAUCUUAUAGCAUGAAAACAUCCUUUUGUAACAUAAAAACAUCUGAUUAUAACAUAAAGACAUCUGUUUAUUACACAAAAACAUCUGGUUAUUACAUAAAACAUCUGGUUAUUACAUAAAAGCAUCUGGUUAUGACAUAAAAAACAUCUGGUUAUUACAUAAAACAUCUGGUUAUUACAUAAAACAUCUGGUUAUUACAUAAAGCAUCUGGUUAUUACAUAAAAGCAUCUGGUUAUUACAUAAAAACAUCUGUUAUUACAUAAAAAACAUCUGUUAUUACAUAAAGCAUCUGGUUAUUACAUAAAAACAUCUGGUUAUGACAUAAAAACAUCUGGUUAUGACAUAAAACAUCUGGUUAUGACAUAAAACAUCUGGUUAUGACAUAAAAGCAUCUGGUUAUUACAUAAUACAUCUGGUUAUUACAUAAAAACAUCUGUUAUUACAUAAAAACAUCUGUUAUUACAUAAAAACAUCUGUUAUUACAUAAAACAUCUGUUAUUACAUAAAGCAUCUGGUUAUGACAUAAAAAGCAUCUGGUUAUGACAUAAAAAACAUCUGGUUAUUACAUAAAACAUCUGGUUAUUACAUAAAACAUCUGGUUAUUACAUAAAACAUCUGGUUAUUACAUAAAACAUCUGGUUAUUACAUAAAAGCAUCUGUUAUGACAUAAAACAUCUGGUUAUGACAUAAAAACAUCUGUUAUGACAUAAAACAUCUGGUUAUUACAUAAAAACAUCUGGUUAUUACAUAAAACAUCUGGUUAUAGCCUGAAAAUAUCUUGUUUUUAACUAAAACAUCUGGUCAUAACAUUAUUACAUUUGAUUUUAAGUGAAAGCAUCUUGUUCUAAAUUGAAAAAUGUAUUUUAUUUUUUAAACAAACCUCUCUCUAAUGUGAUUCUGAUCCGUUUUAUUUUCCUGGCGUGGCGUCUUCACCCUGCUCCGGUUCUUCAGCAGUCGAGGAAUGUCAGAUUUUAUUUCCAGAGAAUCACCUCUGAGCCUGAAGGCAGCUUCUGAUGCCUUUCCCUCAAACCCAGAAGCAUGUUCUAGUCUGAAUGGAUAAAUGUUUAUACGUAGAGAUGCUAACGUGAUGCACAGACCACUUAUUUAUUCUACCAGAGUCCAGUUUGGAGCUCAUAGUUCUGUUUGUUCAUCCGAUGAACCAUCAGCCCUCCUUUAGUUCUUCACGUCAUCGACGAGGCGAUGGUUUUUUUUUCUUCUGUGUUUCCCGGAGGAGGAGGGCUGAAAGUUCGACCGUGCCUUUCCUGAUGGUGCUGAUUUAAACUAGAAUUGAUGAGGAGGUGUAGCGAUGCUGUACGGAGUAUUUGUGUGUUCUUACCUCUGAUAUAUGCCAAGAACAGAGAAAUUAUUAUGCAGAGCUGAUCGGUUUGGAGCUGACAGGACCAAAAUAAAAAGGCCUGGACUCUCAAGCACAACUUCAAAAUAAAAGCAUUUCUGGGUGAAGAUCAAACACUGUGUAAAAGUGAUGUAGCAUUAUUUAUUUAUUUCCCACUGCCUGCUUAGAAACGCCUUUUCCUCCGCGGACGGCAAUAAUGAAGCUCCUCAUUCACGGUUUUUGUCUUUUAAUGUGAAAUUCACACGUUUACAGACUUUCACAACAACAGCGCCCGCAAAAACAAAUCUGUGUCGAGCUGCAUAUCAGAGGAGAAAAACAGAUGUUUGGGUUUCACGGUUAUGUCAGAUAUUAAUGUGCUCUUUGUUUGUUUUUUUGCCUGAUUAUGAGACUUCUAGAAGUAAAAGUGUAUUUUGUUUUAACACUCACCUGAUCCUGGUCCGAAGUCGAGCCUUUUUAUUUGUCAUAUUUAAUUUUUGGAAUAAAUCCUCUGUGUAUAAAAAUAC